AUGAUUCGCAACGGUUACUCUUGCGUGCCAGUGGCUCUAUCCGAAGGUUUAGACAUCAGGCUAGGGACGGCGGUCUCUGAGAUAUCAUAUGGCGGUCCCGGUGUCACCGUGAAGGCUGUCAACCCGCGUGCCCCAAACCAGCCGCAAACAUUCAAGGGCGACGUGAUCCUGUGCACGCUGCCCCUGGGAGUGCUGAAGGUGGCGGUUGCUAACAACGGCCAGAAUCAGCAGAAUUACGUUAAGUUCGAUCCACCGUUGCCCGAUUGGAAAGUAGCAGCCAUAAAACGCCUCGGCUAUGGAAACCUAAAUAAGGUAGUGCUAUGUUUUGAAAGAACCUUCUGGGACCCGAGCGCCAAUCUCUUUGGACAUGUCGGCACGACUACAGCUAGCAGAGGUGAACUGUUCCUAUUCUGGAAUUUGUAUAGUGCGCCGGUCCUUCUCGCGUUGGUCGCGGGUGAGGCCGCGGCCGUGAUGGAAAACGUCACGGAUGACGUCAUCGUCGGUAGAUGCAUUGCAGUGCUGAAGAGUAUCUUCGGACACGCGGCCGUACCACAGCCUAAAGAAUGUGUCGUGACAAGAUGGCGUGCAGAUCCAUUUGCCCGUGGUUCCUACAGUUUCGUGGCCGUGGGCUCCUCAGGAACGGACUAUGAUCUACUGGCGGCGCCUGUGCCCGACUCAUCUGGAGAGAACAGACUGUUCUUCGCUGGUGAGCACACUAUGCGUAACUAUCCGGCCACAGUGCACGGUGCCUUUCUAUCGGGUCUCCGUGAGGCGGGACGUUUGGCCGAUCUCUUAGUGCCCCAAGCUCCUAUCACUAGUUCUAGCAUUGCUGCGGCCUUGGCGAAUAGCCAUGGC